UCACGCACGCUUGGGCUCCUGGGAGUUGUAGUACGAGUACCGUCAAGUCUGGAACCAUGGCGGUGACCAAGGAACUCUUACAGAUGGACUUGUACGCGUUGCUGGGCAUUGAGGAGAAGGCGGCGGACAAAGAGGUGAAGAAGGCAUACAGGCAGAAGGCCCUAUCCUGCCACCCAGACAAAAAUCCUGAUAAUCCCAGAGCAGCCGAACUCUUCCACCAGCUCUCUCAGGCCUUGGAAGUACUGACAGAUGCUGCAGCCCGGGCUGCGUAUGACAAGGUCAGAAAAGCCAAGAAGCAGGCAGCAGAGAGGACCCAAAAACUUGAUGAAAAAAGGAAGAAAGUGAAGCUUGACCUGGAAGCUCGGGAGCGUCAGGCCCAGGCCCGGGGGAGUGAGGAGGAGGAGGAGAGCCAGAACACCAGGACGCUAGAACAAGAGAUUGCACGCCUACGAGAAGAGGGUUCCCGACAGCUGGAGGAGCAACAAAGACUGAUCCAGGAGCAGAUACGUCAGGGUCAUGAGCAGAGGCUAAGAGGAAAGGUAGAAAAUACUGAAUGCAGAGGAACUCCCAAACUAAAGUUAAAAUGGAAGUGUAAGAAGGAGGAUGAGUCCCAGGGUGGCUACUCCAAAGAUGUCCUCCUGCGCCUCUUACAAAAGUAUGGUGAGGUUCUCAACCUGGUGCUUUCAAGUAAGAAGGCAGGCACUGCUGUGGUGGAGUUUGCAACUGUCAAGGCUGCGGAGCUGGCUGUCCAGAAUGAAGUGGGCCUGGUGGAUAACCCUCUGAAGAUUUCCUGGUUGGAGGGACAACCCCAGGGCAUGGUGGGUUGCAGUCAUCCAGGACUGUCAAAGUUCCCGGAUGACCUCUCUGUUGCUGUACUCCUCGUGGUCACCACCAGCAGUGCUGGCCUGGCUAAGCACACUGCCCUGUCGCCAGAGUCGCCGUGGCCGUCCCAGAGUCAGCCGCUUGAAGAAGGAGGCAUUACGGAAAGAGCCUUUUCGCCAGGUCUCCAUGGGCCCUGGGGGACCAGCAGACAGGCUGACACUUCAGAAGCCCGGCAAACAGGUGUUUAAGAGCAGCUAGUGACCAUUUAGUCCCUGCUGGAGCUCACUAGGAAACAGUGAAUUCCGAGAAUCAGGGAGUCAGCCCUAAUGGGCUGGAAAUAGGCCCCAGCUUUCUGCUCAGCAGAGUCUUUUGGUCAGCAUUUUGGAUGAUGAGAUAAGACCAGGAAGAGGGCACUUUUUGUCCAGGAAAGCAGAGAGCUGAGAGUUUCUGGUAGCAAGAAUUCCCACAGGGACAGGAGUGGCCUGGUUACUUGAUAGGACAAUGGAAGAAAACCCAGAGGAAGAAACAGCACUUACGGAACCAGAGUGAGGAUAGCCCCGGUGGUGGCAGAGAUGAAUCUUCUCAGCUGGGCAAAGGCAGCCGUGUGCUUCUUCCACAGGAGGCAGAUGGGCCCCAACUCAUCCUUUCAUCCACUCCUCAGGGCUCCUGCGCCCUUCUUUAGGCCAGUGUAGGGUUUGCCCUCUCGCCAGUGGCUGUGGGACUCUGAUUAGUGGCUUGGCUAUUUGUGCCAGUGUGUGGCAGUGCAGAUGUGUUUUGUUUUCAGCUGACUCAGUCAGGUGGGAAGCCGGGUUUCAUGCUCUUAGGUAAUUACAGCAUCCGCAGGCAGGGAUUGGGGCAGCUGUGACCAACACCCCAGGGCAAUGGGAAGCUUAAGAUUCUUCUGGGGACAGGUCUGGGGGCAGCCCUGCUUUAUGUGUCACCACACUGCUUCCUUUUCUCAUCACAGCCCUGCCACCCUGGCCCCUGCACCUGCACCUGGCUCCUCAACCCCCAGCGUGUCUGGGAGGAGCCUAGGGAGGUGGGCGUUAAUUGAAAGGCAGGCCUGUGGUACAAUUGCUGGGGAAGGAAGAGAGACCUGUCCUUGGUGUGGGUGACUCAGCCCUAGGGCCUGAUGACAGGCCCUCAUUAGCAGAACCUGCAGGAAUGAGAGGAAGGAAGCAGAGGGUGUGUUAAUGUGGAGCAGCCCCAUGCCUAUAAAGGGCUCUGCUCCUCCCAGGGCUGGGCCCAGGGCAUGCCAAGGGUGACUCUAGGUUUUCUUGGCAGAGCAACAUUAACUUGGGGAGGGGAGUGUUGCCCUUCCCAUGGCCUGACAUCCAGUCUGGCUGCUUAGUUUCCUACUCCUCCCUCCUGGCAGGAGGAGAGCAGUUGAGGGUCAGGGUGUGCUGCUCCCUCAUUCCCCUUCUGUCCUUCCCCUCUAGCUACUGUACCUUAUUUGUGACCCUUCUUCUAUGGAGGGGGGUGGGUCAUGUGGGACUGCUGAGAAUUGUCAGCAGUGUCCCAGGGAUUUGGCUGGGAGGGUCACUCGCCUAGGGCAGUGGGAGGGAGGGGGGUGCUAGGGCUGAGUAGCCUCCCUGUUUCCUGACCCCACCUUACUCCACACCAGCUGACCAGGGCUUGGCAGCUUAACUCCAGCCACUCCCUCCUUAUCCUCAGGUCACUAACUACCAUACUUUCCUCCUGGCCUGUUCCAUGUGAGAACCCCAGAACAGGGCUCUACAGCUUCCUGGCAUGGACAGGCCAACUCAUUUGCAACACCUGGCCUGGCUUGUUUAGGUGGGCUUCACACUUCUCUAAUCAGCCAGUGGAGCAC